AUGCUGAUUGCUGAGCUGGGGACUGAUCUAGAUGACGCGUUUGAGGAGGUGGAGAGGACUCGCGGGGCCCAUGUUAGGUUUGACUUCUUGCAGCAGAGAUAUGAUGUCGAGCUUCUUGCGGCAGAGGAGGCUGUUGGUAACGAGGAAGAGGCGGAUAUACAGAGAGAACGGACAAUAAGAUGUUACUUCCUAUAUUUGAUAGGCACUCAACUCUUUGUGGACACGAGCUCGUCGUACACAGACAUCGUCUACCUGACGUACUUAUCGGAUACAACACAUAUCCAUGAGUACAACUGGGGGGGCGGAUGUAUCGGUGUACAACUAUACAGACUCGGAGAGGGAUGCUUGUGGAAGGUUUGGAUACUACAACACUUCCCAAACAUUACUGGAUGGGGAGAGGUGCCUACCUACACUGAGCUCAUGCCGCGUGCCAGUGCAUUCAGCCCCCGUAGAGGGAACCAGGUGCCAGCUUCUUACAGGUGCGGACUUGAUCGCAUGGCUUAUGAGGACGUACAUUAUGACUGCUAUGCUGAGCACCGUGAGACGAUUUUUUUUGAUGAGAUAACACUAUAUUCUGGAUGGUUGGCCGCCAGAUCGACCAUUAUUGUACGUUAUCUUCUAGAGCGUAUCAUGCGUCAGUUUGGCUAUGCAUAG